AUGAGUUAUCUGAGAGAAAGGGCUGCUUCCCGAGACUAUCUGCGGAAGUUUGCAGUGGCGAAUGCUAGUGGUCCAGGCAAUCAAACCAUAUACAGCCUUGCACAGUGCACGCCGGACUUGUCGAACAAGGAUUGUGACAUUUGCCUGAGAGGGGCAAUCUCUGAUAUUUCUAAAUGUUGUGACGGAAAGAGAGGAAAGAGAAACAAGUCAUCAAGGAUUGUUACUGCCGCGGUUGUUGCCUUCACCGCAGGACUCACCUUACUCAUCUUCAUCGUUGUAAUAUAUUUAAAACCAAUGAGGAGACCCAAUAAAAUUGGAACUGAAGCUAAGGAUGCUGCCGACUCAUUGCAAAUGGACUUUGAAACCAUCGGAAUGGCAACAAAUGAUUUUGCUGAUGCAAAUAAGCUUGGACAAGGUGGAUUUGGAGCUGUUUACUUGGGUAGGUUGUGUAAUGGACAAAAGAUUACUGUAAAAAGGUUGAGCAGGAAUUCUGGGCAAGGUGAUGUGGAGUUUAAGAAUGAAGUGUUGCUAAUGGCCAAGCUACAGCAUCGGAAUUUAGUCAAGCUCCUUGGUUUUUGUCCUAAGAAAGAAGAAAGGCUUCUUGUUUAUGAGUUCCUUCCUAACAAAAGCCUUGAUUACUUCAUUUUUGGUAUGUUAACUAAUGCUAAUCUUCCAUGUCUUCCUUUCUUUUAA